UACGACACGAGCUCGAGCGCCGCUGCAGGGGAUACAAAGAGUAGUUACCUUCUUUUCACAACACCAAGCCAUGAACGAUCCCAUGACCGCGCCGGUGGGCCCCGCCCAGGAUACCUCCAAGGCUCCGGAAGCCGCAGGUUGGGAGCCUGUCAACGUGCGCGAGUUCGAGCGCCAUGCCCAGCUCAUGCUGUCCAAGAAUGCCUUCGAUUACUACGCCAGCGGGGCCAACGACAUGGUCACCUUGAGGGAAAACAGGGCGGCGUUCAACCGGCUCCGGCUUCGGCCCCGCAUUCUCCGAGACGUGAGCAUGGUGGACACGUCUACCUCGGUCCUGGGGCAGAAGAUCUCUUCUCCUAUCUGCAUCGCCCCCACCGCGAUGCAGCGCAUGGCCCACGACUCGGGCGAGUGUGCCACCGCCGGCGCCGCAGCCAAAGCGGGCGCCCUAAUGACCCUUAGCUCUUGGUCCACCACCUCUCUCGAGGACGUCGCCAAGGCCGGGGGGCCCGGGGGUGCUCGCUGGUUCCAGCUCUACGUCUACAAGGACCGCAAGAUCACGGAGCAGCUGGUCAAGCGCGCCCUCGCGGCCGGAUACACCGCCCUCGCCGUCACCGUCGACACGCCCGUCCUCGGCAGGCGGGAGGCCGACAUGCGCAACCGCUUCAAGCUGCCGGAGCACCUGACGAUGGGCAACUUCGUGUCUGCUGGCGGCGCCCACGCCUCGGGGACUAAGGACGGGGGGAACGACUCGGGCCUCGCAGCGUACGUGGCAAGCCUUAUCGACAGGACGUUGGACUGGAACGACAUCAAGUGGUUGCGCACGAUCUGCGGCAGCAUGAAGAUCGUGGUGAAGGGCGUUAUGACCGCGGAAGACGCUGCGGAAUCUGUUCGCCAGGGCGUGGACGGCAUCUGGGUCUCCAACCACGGUGCUCGGCAGCUGGACACCACGCCGGCUACCAUCGAGGUUCUCCCAGAGGUGGUCGCGGCGGUGAGCGGUCGGUGCGAGAUUUACCUGGACGGAGGCAUCUGCCGGGGCACGGACGUGUUCAAGGCGCUCGCUCUCGGCGCCAAGGCUGUCUUCAUCGGACGACCGGUUCUUUGGGGUCUCGCGCACAGCGGCGAGGAAGGAGUGUCGAAGGUCCUCAAGCUCUUGCACGACGAGCUUGUCAUGGCCCUUCAGCUCACGGGCUGCACACGGGUCAGCUCGGCCUCCCGCUCCAUGGUCACCCACCAGACGUCGUACUACUCCAAGCUCUAACGUAGCAGCGACGACCCCGGUAUUGUAGUAGGGGUAGGUCUACCAGGGGGUGGAACUGAAUCUUCUUCGGCAAGAUGAUACGUACGAUACGGCAGUAUUCGAUGUAGCAACGUUCGACGAGUAUCGUCGGCGUUGCCCGUCUGAAGCUUUGCCGUUUUGACCUUUCUCUGACUGUAGGCAGGCGAAGCGCUAGGCUGUCAGGGUAAGCUGAUUUUGCUUGGCUGGAUGGAUCCGUGGUUAUCUACCAGAUUUUUCAUGGAUUUCUCCCGCCGGCACGCGGUAUGUCCCAUUUUGACUUGCCAGUGCCCGAUCUCCUGUCUGAAGUGCUGGAACGGUGCAGACCGACUGUUUUCCUCACCGUGCCGGUCGGUGAUUGUCGUCUAGGGAGAUGAAGUGAUGAACGAUGAACGAUCUUGUCAGUCGCUGUUCUCGUCCUACUAUAUGUCACUUUUUUUGCUCAUGCCAUAGAUCAUUGGCACCACGGUAGAGGGCUGGGCUUUAGCACUACCAAGGGAGAAAAACAGUGGCUGCUGUUUGGCGGACAGCAGCAGCAGUCUAAUGGUCUACGUAUGUUUUUUGGUGUUCUGCGGCAUCAGUCCAACAGGAAGGCGGCUAACAAGUGUAGGAACCACCGUGUUUUUCGUUCAAGAUUAUUCGUCAUUUUAUGCGUAUGGGUA